GAUACUGAAGCCUGUGUGUGCAGUUCUGCCAGGGUAUCACUUCAGAGUGAAUGAAUUCUUUUUUUACAAGAAGUUACAAAAUGGGUUAGGUUAUUCACUUGUUUGUAAGUAGUUAUUUCACAAUCAUGCUUGAUAGUCAGGUAGUUCAAGUAUUUCAGCGCAAACCUAAGUCUUUUGUAGUAAGUAUGUAAAAUCUGGUGUAAGCUAAUGGCUUUUAUUUUGCCUUCCUAUAAAGCUGAUAUGGGACACCUAUUUGAAAUAUGUAACUAUUUUUUCUUCCUUUUAGAUUGUGUUUUUGGAGCAAAAUGAUCAGCAAGAGCAACUGGCAAAGAAGUGGGGAUUCAAAACAUCUGACAUAAGAGAACUGAAUAAUCAUGAAUUCUUCAUGCCAGGAUUGGUUGAUACGCACAUUCAUGCACCUCAGUAUUCAUUUGCUGGUACAAGAGUAGAUCUACCUCUUUUGCAGUGGUUAACUACCUACACGUUCCCAACGGAAGCCAAAUACAAAGACAGUGAUUUUGCAGAAGAAGUGUAUACUAGAGUUGUUAGACGAACUCUGAAGAACGGCACCACUACAGCUUGCUACUUUGCAACAAUUUACACAGAUACUUCUCUUCUCCUAGCUGAAAUUGUAGAUAAAUUUGGUCAACGAGCAUUUGUCGGCAAAGUCUGUAUGGAUAUGAAUGACAGUGUUCCACAGUACAAAGAGACUACUGCUGAUUCUAUCCAAGAGACAGAAAGAUUUGUUAAAGAACUACUAGAAAAGAAAUAUCCAAGGGUACAGCCCAUAGUAAGUCCUCGCUUUGGCCCUUCCUGCACAGAGGAUUUGCUGCGUGCACUUGGCAAUUUAGCACAGGCUUGUGAUCUCCGUGUGCAGAGUCACAUAAGUGAGAAUGAAGAAGAACUCAAACUUGUGGAGAACCUGUUUCCAGCCUAUCAGAAUUACACUGAUGUGUAUGAUAAAAACAAGCUGCUUACCAGCAAGGCAGUGAUGGCCCAUGCCUGUUAUCUUUCCGAAGAAGAACUGAAACUUUUUAACCUUCGUGGAGCUGCAAUUUCACAUUGCCCCAGUUCUAAUUUUUCGUUGCGCAGUGGUAUCUUAGACGUACAAAAGGUUCUGAAACACAAUGUGAAGCUUGGCCUUGGCACAGAUGUUGCCGGUGGAUAUUCCGCUUCCAUGCUUGAUGCUAUCAGGAAAACGAUGAUAGCAUCUUGUACCCUUCAGGUUAAUAAAGCAAAUGAAACAGGACUAACUCUUAAAGAAGCUUUUCGCUUAGCAACCCUAGGAGGAAGCCAAGCUCUAGGACUAGAAGAUGUGAUUGGAAACUUUGAAGUUGGCAAAGAAUUUGAUGCACUGCUAAUCAACGCAAAGGCUUCAGACAGUCCUUUUGACUUGUUCUCUGCUGAUACUUUUGAGGAUACCCUCCAGAAGUUCCUGUAUCUAGGUGAUGAUCGGAAUAUUUCUGAAGUAUAUGUGGCUGGAAAGCAAGUGGUUCCUUUUUCAAGUUCAGUAUAAAUCCAUUUCCCUUCUGCAAAGCGUUCUGCUGAUGAUUCUGCAUCUGAUUUGGAAAAGAUUGGUUAAACACAGUGCCUGAUCAUCAGGAAUGACAUCUCAUUUUUUAUUUAAUGUUUCAAAACUUGCCAAUGUUGGAAAAUCUGUUAGGCCUUUAAAGAGUUACUUUACCAAAACUAUUAGAGUUAUGAGAGGAAAAAGGCAUUUAAAUUUCUCUAUGAAAAUAGCAUGUAGGCACUGAUAAGGACUUGGUAGAUAUUUUCAUUAAAUAGGACAGCUGCUGGUCCUUUUAAUAAUAGCGUAGGAAAUAUUACGAUGAGCAGUGAAACUCCCAUUAUCUCUAAGCUUUUUAAUUUAAAAAAACCAAACAACCCAGUAGUAGCAAAAUUAUUUUGCAAAUACUGAGUGUCGUGGAAGAGUGCAAUUUCGUUAAUGUUAUCACUGAGUAUGUGAUAAUAUAAUUUACUGACAUUUUGGGGCAUUUAAAACACUUUUCGGCUUUCUUUAGGUGCUGCUUAGUUUUUAAAAUAAUGAUUUCAUUUAAAAUAUUAUUUUUUUAAUAGAAAUAAAAUAAGAAGUGUGUAUUUAUGAAUAAAUAAGAGUCCUUAUUUUCAAAGAAUUAAGAUUUGUCAUUAGUACUCAGAAUACUCAGAUGAAAGAGAACUGAUGGACAAGCCAUGUAAAAAAUGCAUGGUUGGUCAAAUAGGCUCAAAUUGGGAGAGCCGAAGAGCUGUAUUAUUCAGUGAUUCUAUGAAUUGAAACUCAUCAUCUUCUCAGUUUUGUUCUUAAGUCUAGAGCAGUCAGCCCGAUCUCGCACCGUUUUUGUACCAGUUCAAAUAAAUCUUCCUUUGGUGGAGUGACAGCUGAACAGAACUUGUAUUAAAUCAGAAGCAGGCAGUAGGACAUCUGAGUGGGCAACUCUUGUGGUAAAUAACUGAAUAGGGUUUUUUUGGGCCGGAGGGAACACUUCAUCUAUUUAACCUCCUGCAGAACCUUCCCAAGUUCUUUUGCUCCUAACUAUUGAGACUGUGGUGAUAUGAGGUCCCUCCCCCUUUCUGGAAAAGAAUUAGUAGGUUUAAAACAAAAAUUGGCCAGAAAUGGAUUAUCCCUGGCUGUUACUAAUUUUGAGUUGAGGUACAAUUUCUUACUAGAGAAAGCAGCAGCUCAGCUUUAAAGUGCCCUUUGGUGUCUUACAGCACUGAAGGAAUCAUAAUUCCAACCCUGUAUAAUUCCAGGUAAAAAAAAUUAAUGCCGUUUUUAUUUUGGAAGUCCCGUGUGACUUCCUUUCUUAAAAAAACAUACUUCCCUACUUUUUACCUGAGCCUUUUUUUUUUCUUGUGGGAUUAGUUGGGAGGUUGCUUCCUAUUGCUCGAUUAUUAAUGAUUUUGCAACACAGAGCAUAUAAACUUGAAUUUAAGUCUCGAUAGAGACAAUGUUGUACAGAGUUACUAUAAUCAUAUAUUGAAUAUAUGAUUUUAACACCUG